AUGCGCGGCUAUGGUGAGCGCUCUGUCACGAGUGUAAAGGUAAACGGUGCCUGCGCCACCGUCGCCGCUGAGGAGGUGCUCGACAGUCUCCUUAUCGUUCUCUCCACCGUCAACACACAGCAAAUCCACAUCAUUUCAUCAUGGGAGACGCCGUCGCCGAUGCUCUUGAACAGCUUACCGCUGAUCAGAUUGAACGUAAAGUUCCGCAAGUACUUCAACAUGUUCGAUAAAGAAAAUAAGGGAUACAUCAAAGCCACUCAGGUCGGCCAAAUUCUCCGAACCAUGGGACAGGCAUUCGAGGAACGUGAUCUGAAACAGCUAAUCAAGGAGUUCGACACUGACGGUUCGGGUGAAAUCGAGUUCGAGGAGUUCGCCGCUAUGGUUGCUAACUUCGUAGUGAACAGUGAGGACAACGAGGGGUUGGAGGAAGAGUUGCGCGAGGCUUUCCGAUUUACGAACAAAAGUCUACAUCUUCAGGGAAACGGCUAUAUCAACGUAUCGGAUUUGAGAGAUAUUCUACGCGCCCUCGACGAGAACGUCAGUGAGGAAGAAUUGGACGAAAUGAUCGCCGAAAUUGACACCGAUGGAAGUGGAACAGUCGAUUUUGAUGAGUUCAUGGAAAUGAUGUCUGGUGAAUAA